AUGUUUUGCGAUGCCUUGGAUUGCGUUGACCCUUUCCUCGGCCUUCGUGAUCUUUGUCUUCGGGCAUCACAGAUCUCAUCAUGUCCGUCUGAUACUCUCGACUUCAAUCCCAGUCAUCGAGCUAAUGAGCAGACUAUCUCUGCCUACCUAUCACUCAACGAUUGUCUGCUUCAUGAACUUUAUCAUCCUAAUAUUUUCAGCCGGCUGAUUCUCACCUUUGCUGACAUCCAUCCAGCACCUUCAUCUUCGCCGUUAAUUAACUCUGUUUUGCCUGUAUCUGCAGCAUCGAAUCUGGCUGGAUCAUCCUUCUCAGUUAUGCCCGACUGUGCCGGCUCAAGUGAUUUGGCGGCCGAGGAUAAGGCCGAAAAUUUGAAGCGCUGUCGCCAAAUCCUACAUUGCCUUUUUCAGCGAAAAAUAUAUCCAGCUAUUGGUGUCAUCUACUGUUCUGAUAAGGCUUAUUCACUUCCCAAUUUUGACGAUGUUACCUUUCCACACAGCUUCGAAAAGCCAAUGAAGUCCACUGGGAAGCCACGUCUCACUUACCCAGUCCAGGUAUCUCUCAUCAUUUUGAAAUUUUCAUAA